UCAUACUGACGAACCGAGUUUGUUGGACUGAAGCCCAACUGCCACAUAUUGUCUUGUCUCUUAUCCUUACCAUUUUCCUCCCGUCCCAACGUACCUCCCCGGUUUUCCCUUUUGUCUUCGAAAUCGCCUGUCAAGUGAUGACCUAGUGCUCCAAUGGUGGAUCCUCCCACUAUGGCGAAUCUUCCCGCUAGGGUUAAUCUUCCCGCUAUGGCGGAUGUAAGCGACGAUCUGCUGGGUCUCAUCCUCUCGCACCUCCGCCUACCAGACCUCGCUCGCUGCGCGCGUGUCUCCCGCACUUUCCGCCGCGUUUGCCGCGACGAUCAGCGCCUGUGGCAGCCAGCGUGCGACCGCCGCUGGGGCCAUGUCACCUCCUUGCACACGUGGCUAUCCCCUGCUCCUCAAUCCGCGUGGCAGCCGCGCGAUCAGCAGCCACGUCAGCUGGCGUCUUUUAAGGAGCUCUACCACGUGCUUGACACGUGGGAGUCGCUGAUUGGUUUUUGGCGAGGAGUCGGCGACGGCGGCUUGGGGUCGCUCGUCGCAUUCCAGUGGCGAGACGGCUUUAUCGAGGGAGUGCGCGUGCUUCCCGCAGCGCCGGUCGGCCCGCCAGCCAAUCACAGAGCAGUCGACGAUCGACGCCGUCGUCGGUACGACGAUGAUGAACGGUUCGCAGGGCGGGAUGAGCAUGGCGAUCGACACGGCGAUCGACAUGGGGAUGCGAAAGGCGUUUCGCCGUACGCCGUGGUUCGGGUUCCGUUCCUCCGCGUCUUCCUCGCUGCUCGUCUCUACGUCACACCCGAUAUUGGAUACUCCGGGUGCCGGAAAGGGAAUUUUUGCCAUGAGCGCAGCGACGGUGCGACAUGUAUAGGGAACUGUACGUGUUCUGGGUGUGGCGAUACUUGGCGAGACGGGGACUGCAGCUCGGCGUGGUCUCAGAUUGGCUCGUCGGCUGUGUCUUGCUGGCUCGACGCUGAUUGGCCGACGCAUGCUGACGAGAUCAUGCUGUCAGCUGGGUCGACCAGUGGCAGAGGGACACGUGGCAGCCAUCCCAGCAACAGCAGCAGCAACGGCAGCGGCAACAGCAGUAGUCUUAGUACCAGGGAUUGGGGCAGCAGCAGCAGCAGCAGCAGCAGCAGCAGCAGCAGCAGCAGCAGCAGCAGCAGGGAGGGGGGAGGGGUGUGGGUGGCAGCGGAGUUAAGGUUCGUGUCAGGGAAUCACCUCGUGGUCUCUGCUGGGGGGGCUCAGCACGUGCUGGGAUGGUGCCAUGGCGCCAAGGGAAACAGGCUGUCACGUGCUGGUUACCCUAGCGCUGGUUACCCUAGUGCUGGUUACCCUAGUGGUGGUUACCCUGGGAGCUGGAACAGGAGUAGCAACGGGAGCAACAGGGGAGGCCCUAGUCUCAUUAGCGAAGUGCGGCUUUCCUCGUCGUUACCUCAUUCGUCACCGUCCUACGCGCACUCCCCAUCCUCCCGGCCUCGCCCCUCCUCCUCUGCCUUCCCCCCCUCUGCAAACACCUCGUCUUUCCUCGCCUCCCCCCAGCCCUGCCCACUCUUCGCCUCCCCUUCCCCCUCCCCCUUGUCCUCCGCCUCCCCGCACACCCCCUCGCCCUCCCCUUCCCCCAUCUUGCAGCAACAAGAGAGCCCUCCGCCAAGGCGCAACCUCCAGUUUGGGUCCCCUUCGCCUCCCCCCUCCCAGUCCCCUAAACCGGCUGCAACCGUGCAGUCUGACGCAAGAGUCAACGCCCCUUUCGCUCUCCUUUGCGAGACUGAAAAAGUGGCGCAGGCAACCGUCCAGGAAGGGGAGGGAGGGGAGAAGACGGGAGUGGAGGAGGAGAGGGAGGAAGGGGAGCAGGAAAGAGUGAAGGGAGGAGCGACGGGGGGGACGCAGAAGAGGGUUCAGUUUCAGGUGGACGAUCUCGCGUGUUCUCGCCUGUAUCAUGCUAGGGAGAAGGAGCCGAAUAGCAGCGUUGUUCUGACAGAUACAGCUGACGCCGAGCGCCUCUCCUCUUCCCUGCCCAACCCCUCUCCCUCCUGGUCCGCCUCUCCCUCUGCCUCCUCCCUCCGUUCCUCCUCCAUCCACGCGCCCUUCGAGCUCUACCAAUCGCUGGCGUCCAGGUCAGCAGCAGCGGGCGCCAGCAAGGCACUGAGGAAGCAGCAGCGGAGGGAGAGGCAGCGAGCAGCAGAGAUAGCAGAGGCAGGGGGCGUGCGCAGUCAGCUGUCUGCUGGCAAUGCUGCUGUGGAGUUGGUUGGAAGUGAGAGAGCGGUGGGGAGAGAAGAGGCGGGAGGGAGAAGGGCGGGGAGGGAAGAGGUGGGAAGGGGAAUGGUGGGCGGAGGGGUGGUUGGAAGGGGAUGGGUGGGAAGAGAGGAGGAGGAGCAUUUCGUGAGGGUGAUGGGAUACCAGCUGGAGCCGUCGUCAUUGUGCCCCCUCCAGGGGCUGUGGAAGGGCGUCUGCCAGCACCGCAGCCUAGAUUUCAUCCUGCUCACAUGCAGCGAAUCCGGACAGCUGCAGUGCCGCAGAGUGGCGCAGUACAAGCAGCCCCCAGCACACGCCAUGGCCGUUACCACCACCAGGAGCAGCGAGCGGCGCAUGCGCCGACGGCAGGCGAGAACACGGGACAGGGGGGGGAGAGGGGUGAGAGCAGGAGCUGGAAGAGGGGACGAGGCAGAACGAGGUGCAGCACAGGGAGGGGAGCGAGAGAGGGGAGCAACAGACGAGAGGGAGGGACAGGAAGGAGAGCACAGGCAGCAGGGGAGGAGAGAGAGAAGAGCAGAGCAAGGGAGGUCAUCCGUGCAGGCAGCACCUUGUGGCAGCACUUACAGCCGGCCGGGGAAAGCAGGGGCGCUGAGGUGGGUGGCGGAUCUGUCCUCGUUUGUGAGUGCUCCUUUACCGCCUAAAGAGCAGCGGCUGUUUGACCUGAAGCGGCCUCUUUUCUCCCUGUCCGUGACGAGUAGGGAGAGGGAGAGGGGAGCCGGCGCAAGAACCAGUGACAGAGUGAGGGGGCAGAAUGGCAGUGGCAGUAGGAGUGGCAGCAGCAGCAGCAGCAGCAGCAGCAGUGGGAGCAGCAGUGGGACGGAAGAGAGCAAUGGGGAGGAGACUGAGAGUGAUGAUAGUGAUGGUGAUAGUAACGAGGCCAACGGAUAUGCUGGCAGUCAUGGGAGGAGCUGGAGGGCAGAGGAAGCGCAGGCUGGCAGCAGCAAUGGGGGAAGCAGGAGACUUGCUCAUGCUGCUUUGGCUUCAAGCACAUGGAAACCAUCCACCGCUCCAGAUUCAGUACCAGAUUCCGUCCCAGAUUGCAGUGAGAAAUCUGGCUACUCAGCUGUAACAACUUUGCUCGAAUCUGAGAGGGUGAAGGCUGCAUGCGGCGAGGUGGAUGGAGAAGUGGAAGAGGAGGGGGUGGAGGAGCGAGAAGUGGUGGGGAUGUAUGUGACUGUGCCCGAUGGUGAUUAUGUUGAGGGUGUGGUGGGCUGCAAGCACCCCAUGGCAGGGAGGGUGUGGCUGUAUGCGAGUGGGGGGUUUGGGUACUGGUCGGCACACACGGACUAUGUGAUUGAUUAUAGGCGCGUGUGGCACAAUGGGAGGCUGUGCCAUGAUGCCACUCCGCCAUGGGCGCUUGAGGGUUGAUCUUAUGCGUCAGCCAGUGGCUGUAUGUAUGAGAGUGGAUGGUUUGGGCACUGGUCAGCUCUGGAGGUCUGAGUAUUUGCGUCAUGAGCUGGACAUGCAUGGUGCAUUGUGAUGGUGUGCUAUCAAGUUUUGAAAAUGGUAGCAAAUUCAAGUUGUUGUUUACUGGUCUGGCCGCGCCUACAUUCCACCCAGCUAAGCAGGUCACGGACAUGUUUGAUGUGAGGGUGUAGUGUAUAUGUCGAGCAGCACUCAUUUCAAGGCCAGUAGUUGAUUGUGCUUCAAUGUUCGUACGUGACCAAUCUUCAACUGGUUGGUUUUUUCAACUUUCUACCUGUA